UGAUGUCAUCUUCAUGCGACACGUCUUCAUCACUGUGGCGUGAUGCUUUGAUAAAGGAAAAGCCUGAUAAAACCCAGACCACCGUUAAUUUUAUUAUAUCGACAGACUAACAGGUGUAAUCUGACAGUACCUAUAAAACAGAGUCACUUCUGUAUUCUUAUUAAACACGCUAUCCGCCCAGACAUAUAAUACAGGGAACCAGUUCCAACAGGUGUAGCACACUAGUGACACAUAUGGAUUAUUUCUCCAUCUAUAAGAUUGCAAGUAGCAAACUAAAUAGUCAACAACGCGAAUGAACAUGAUCUGAUAAUCUUAGUUCUUGCUCUAUUACAGCCAUGACUGCAGAAUCCCCAGAAAAGUCAGUCGAGGAAGGCUUAAGCUCGUCGGGCAGUGCUGGAACAGGGACACGCUUCGACCUGGAGAAGGAGACUGAACUGCGCUUCGAGAUCGAAGCCGGAGAACGAGUCCAUCUCGAGCUGUUGUCUGGUAUGGCAGAGGUGUUUGGUUCUGAACUGAACAAGAAUAAGAAGUACAACUUUGGGUCAGGCUCUAAAGUCGCUGUGUUCACUUGGCACGGCUGCAGUGUGUCUCUCACGGGCAAGACAGAGGUGGCUUACAUCUCAAAAGAUACGCCUAUGCUACUGUAUCUCAACACUCAUGCAGCUCUUGAGCAGAUGAGACGGCAAGCAGAGAAAGACAACGAGAGAGGGCCACGGGUAAUGGUUAUUGGACCAACUGAUGUGGGAAAGACAACAGUGUGUCGACUGUUGCUGAACUAUGCUGUGCGGCUGGGGCGAAGGCCUACGCUGGUAGAACUGGAUGUUGGCCAAAGCAGUGUGUCUGUGCCUGGAACUAUGUCAGCUCUGUGCAUCGAGCGUCCUGCUGAUGUAGAAGAAGGCUUCUCUGUGCAGGCUCCGCUUGUCUUUCACUUUGGCUCCACUACACCAGGAACCAACAUCAAACUUUACAACAAGCUGACUUCAUGCCUCGCAGAAGUGUUUUCUCAGCGCUGUGAGGUGAACCGCAAAGCUAGUGUGGGUGGCUGUAUUAUCAACACCUGUGGCUGGGUCAAAGGUGCAGGCUACCAGGCUCUGGUCCACUGUGCUUCAGCCUUCCAGGUGGAUGUUGUUCUAGUCCUGGACCAGGAACGUCUCUACAAUGAGCUGAAACGUGACCUGCCACACUUUGUACGUGUGGUCCUUCUGCCAAAGUCUGGUGGCGUGGUGGAGCGCUCCAAGGACUGCCGGCGAGAGUCACGGGACGAAAAGAUCCGGGAAUACUUCUAUGGCUUUCGUGGAACCUCCUUUUACCCUCACGCCUAUGAUGUACGCUUUUCAGAUGUGCGCAUCUACAAGAUCGGUGCACCCUCUAUCCCAGACUCUUGUCUGCCACUGGGCAUGUCCCAGGACGACACCCAGCUGAAACUUGUCCCGGUCAGCCCCGGUCGGGAUUUGACCCAUCACGUGCUAAGUGUGAGUUCUGUGGAGGAUGAGGCCGAGUCGGGUGAUGGUCAGAGCAGAGGAAUUUUAGAGAGUCCCAUCUGUGGCUUCGUUGUCGUGACAGCGGUGGACACACAAGCUCAGGUGAUGACGGUUCUCUCACCAGCGCCCAGACCUCUGCCACGGCACACUCUGCUCAUCAUGGAUAUUCGUUUCAUUGACCUUAAGUAGAUGACCUGCAGUGUAAUGGGGGAAAAAGGGCUGUAAGUGAAAGGGGUAACAGAGGGGCAAUGAGUCUAAACAGGUCUCGGAGAUGUCUACCAAAAUACCAUAUCUCUACAUUUCUUCCACAGUAUUUAAAGAUAUAUUUAGUUUUUGAAGGGCAGUUUUAAUUGUUUUGUACAUUUGUAAAAGCUAUUCUAUUUAUUUUUUAUUAUUAUUAUAAAAUUGUUUCAUCUGUCCCUCUGAACAAAUAAUAAA